GGCUGGUUAGUUAACUAGAGGCAGCCCUGCUGUGCGGACAGAUUUUACUUGACAGAAGUGUUUUAUUGAAUUGGUCCAGCUUUUUAAACACAGAUAAAUAACUUGUUCACAUUAUUCAUAAUGAACGGGAGUGAAUUUCAGUUUCCUCUGACUGAAUAUGAUUUCGAGAGGCACUUUGAUGAGAGGAUUGCUAUUGACUGGAUGCAGGACAACUGGAAAACGUCGUUUUUGUUCUGUGGUGUUUAUGUGGUACUUGUGUUUGGAGGGCAGCACCUCAUGAAGGAAAGAGCAAGACUUGAUCUGCGUAAAGUGUUAGUGCUGUGGUCCCUCAGUCUGGCCAUCUUUAGCAUCAUUGGAGCUGUGAGAACAGGAUGCUACAUGUUGCACGUCCUCUGCACCAGUGGGUUUAAACAGUCUGUUUGUGAUCAAAGCUUCUACAAGGGUCCCAUCAGCAAGUUUUGGGCUUGUGCCUUCGUGCUAAGCAAGGCCCCUGAACUAGGAGACACCAUAUUCAUCGUCCUGCGCAAACAGCGGCUCAUCUUCCUGCACUGGUAUCACCACAUUACCGUACUGGUUUACUCCUGGUAUUCCUACAAAGACCAAGUGGCUGGUGGGGGUUGGUUUAUGACCAUGAAUUACACCGUGCACGCGCUCAUGUACAGCUACUACGCUGCCCGUGCAGCAGGACUCCGUGUGCCAAAACCCUGUGCCAUCAUCAUCACCUCCUCCCAGAUUGCCCAGAUGGCUAUGGGGCUGGCAGUAAGUGCGCUGGUGUACCGGUGGAUGCAGGAUGGGGAUUGCCCUUCAUAUGUAGAUAACAUAGUGUGGGCUUCGCUCAUGUACCUCAGCUAUUUGCUUCUCUUCUCCUCUUUCUUUUAUCAGUCUUACGUAAAGGGUUCCAAGCCCACGGGCAUCAAAACUGACUGAGACCGAUGGAAGAAUUCUAAGAUUGUUUUACUCUUGAUCGUUUACCUUUGUUGUUGUUUUUUUUAGAUUUUUUGCAUUCUGUUGUCAUUGCCUUAUUUUUGUAUUGGUUGAGCGAGCGUUAUCAAAGCAACAGUUUGUUUGCGUUGUGUGGUUUUAAAUGGCAGAAUGGUUUAGAGGAGCUGACAAACACUUCGGGGGUUGAUCCUCAUAGUGCUGCAUGACUGUUCUUCUCUUUGUCUAACAGACCAAAGUUUCUACUCUUAAAAUCCAUGUUUGUUGACUCUUAGCACUGCAGUAUGAUAACAUGCAGCAUAUGUCUCAGAUGAGCUCAUGUUGGAAGUUGUGCCAAGAGGUGUGUGCGUGCAUUUCUGGCCUGAGAACGUGUCUCAAAUGUACUUUGUCGUUCAUGUUAAAAAAAUGUAUUUCACAGAUACUCUUGUCCAUGCUGGGUGUUAAGUGCCCAUGUACAACUUCAUGAUGUCACAGAAACCUAUAGUAUCUGUGCUGACUGGUUGUACAGGUUUUCUGGGAUUUAAAUUGGUGGAAAGUGUUAUGUUGGAAUUCUCUAGAAUGACGACACCCAUUUCCUCAUUCUGUGCAUGCUUCUGUUCUCACGUCAGUGCUGUUUUGGUUGGCUGAAGUUACAGUAAUUGCAUUCGAGACAGUGAUUGACUCAUGCUUUCACCCACCCUCGAAUAACACAUGGGUGUAGUCCAUAUAGUUUUGAGGUUUCCUAGUUUUGUGACCUCAUGAGGUAUAUCGCAUAACCUGAAAUGUUUUUUUUAUUCAUCACAGUUGGUCACCUAUGGAACAUGGUGGUUUAUUUUUUUCCCAGUGAGUGUGGUGUGAGAGAUUUUCACUUAAGGAGAUCUUCUGUAUUGGUAGACUUCUGAAAACAGGCCUCACUGAAUUCAAUGGAUUUUUUUAUGUGAUGUCUGAUCUAACAUGAUAUCAUCUGAAAUGUUGCUGCUACCUGUGAUAUUUAGUUUGUCUAAACUGUCCUGUUUUCUCCUGUUUCUAAAACGAACAAAUUAUUUGCUCUGUUUUAAAAUGCAUUUUAUGACUUUUUUUCUCAUAUUUGUGAAAUGUUGUUAAACGGCAGCCACAUAAUUUGUUUAGCAUAGUUGUAUGUAAAGUAUUUUUAAAGACGAUUGACACUAGUCCACUGACUUUAUAGAUUACACAAUAUGUCUUUAACCAAAGGUGAAAAAUGUGCCAUAUGUACAAUAUUUAUAUUUUUAAGUGCUACAAAGUGUGUCAAUUUGUGUAUUAACUUUUGUAAUUAAAAAUAAACUUA